AUGUCUGGACGCGGCAAACAAGGAGGCAAAGUCCGGGCUAAGGCCAAGACCCGCUCCUCCCGGGCAGGGCUCCAGUUCCCGGUCGGCCGAGUGCACAGGCUCCUCCGCAAGGGCAACUACGCCCAGAGGGUGGGCGCCGGCGCUCCCGUCUACUUGGCCGCUGUGCUCGAGUAUCUCACCGCCGAGAUCCUGGAGCUGGCCGGCAAUGCCGCCCGCGACAACAAGAAGACCCGCAUCAUCCCCCGCCACCUGCAGCUGGCCGUGCGCAACGACGAGGAGCUCAACAAGCUGCUGGGCGGCGUCACCAUCGCCCAGGGAGGCGUCCUGCCCAACAUCCAGGCCGUGUUGCUGCCCAAGAAGACCGAGAGCACCAAGUCGGCCAAGAGCAAGUGA